AAAGUAAUCCUAAUUUUCAUGAUAUUUCACUCAACAGUCGAGUCAAAGUAUCCUAAAUGAAGAUUUUAGUCCAUCGGUGACCGCAAAGUGCGAGCGAGGGGUUAUGUAUAUAUUCGUAGUCACGUUACAGCCUUUCCACGGCAUCGUUCACACCCGUGGCCACCGACGACAACCCUGUCUCACGUACGGCACGGGAAGCUUCAACACCACAUUGAAAGUCAGUCUCUUAGCCGAUGAGAGCGAGGAGUUGUACUGCGGUUACAAUAAAUUCAAUGGCGACAGAUCUGUAUCAGUGGCCGUCAGACCUCAUAAAUCACUUGAAUUAUCUGAUGAUAAAUACUAUUUCAUGACAUGUGAACAGUUGGGAUAUAAGAGCGUUCGCGGCGGCACAUAUAGUGUAUCACUAAAGUUAUCUGACUUAAGUGGACAACGAGUCUCGCGUGCAGUUCACGGGAACUCCUAUGUACUGAGGGCACAACUCACACCAUAUGACAUAAUAACAACACUGAGGAUGAAAAACUGCUUUUCCUUCGGGACGGACACCGAGCACGUGAAGCUGUUGGACGAGUACGGGUGCCCCACAGCCGCCCAACUUAUGUCUGAAUUCAUUUACAACACCUCACACACAGCCGAAGCCAUAGUCUACGAGAUGUUUAAGUUUCCCGAUUCUCACAAACUCUACAUCCAAUGCGAUGCCAUACUAUGCCGGGGCGGGUGUCGGGAGCCCGUAUGCGACUCACCCAACAGUAAGGGCCAAGAUUUGGCCACCGAUUCCUAUUCAUUGAUAUCUUCAUCCACAACAGUAUAUGUGUUCGAGCCGUCCGAUGAUAAC